AUGCCAGUUUCAUUGUUCAAGGAAAAAAUAGCUAAUCAAAUAGGUGUUCCAGUUGGUCAGCAGCGGCUGAUUUUCAGGGGAAAGGUGCUAAAGGAUGAUCAUCCUCUCUCUGAGUAUCAUUUGGAAAAUGGGCAUACAUUGCACUUAGUUAUAAGGCAACCAUCCCAGUCACAACCUUCAUCUGGGACAAGUUCUGGCGACCCACAUGUGAAUAAUGGAAAUGAGGCUAGUGGUGUUCCUCGUGGUCGCAUUGGACAGAUAUCACACAGCGUAGUCCUUGGGACAUUUAAUGUUGGAGACCAAGGUGAAGGCAUUGUUCCUGACCUUAGUCGGGUUAUUGGUGCAGUUUUGAAUUCUAUUGGAGUCGGCACCCAGGCUACAACUAAUGUUACAGGCAACGUACAGUCCACUACUUCGUCAAACAAUUCUGGCCAGUCUCCUCACGGAAAUGAUGCAGAAGGGUUGCAUAAUGUCAUUGGUCCGAACCGAGGAGGAAAUCAAGCACAGUCUGGACAGGCAUUUCCUGCUCAACCAUUUCCAACUUUUCCUCAAGCUGUGCAAAGUCCUGCAGCUGCAGCAUUUCCAAUUCCUUCGUUGAAUAUGCCAAUUCCAGACUCUUUGAAUACGCUCUCUGAGUUUAUGAACAGAAUGGAGCAGGCAUUGACACAAAAUGGUUACCAGCCAAAUUUAUCUGCAACAAACACAGGAGACGUGCCGAGGGUGAAUUUACCUUCCAAUGCACAGGGGAUGCCCACACCUGAAGCAUUGGGCAUUGUUCUUCGUCAUGCAGAGCGACUUCUAAGCAGUCAUGCUGUUUCUGCACUAUCUCACAUUGCAGGACGCUUGGAGCAAGAAGGAGCAUCUUCAGAUCCCUCUGUGAGGGGCCAAAUUCAGACAGAAUUUAUGCAAGUAGGGCUUGCAAUGCAACAUUUAGGUGCUCUUUUCCUUGAGCUUGGCCGGACAAUUUGGACACUUCGUAUGGGACAGUCUCCUGGAGAAGCUGUUGUGAAUGCUGGGCCAGCAGUUUAUAUUUCCCCAUCAGGGCCUAAUCCCAUAAUGGUCCAGCCUUUUCCUCUUCAAACAAGCACAAUGUUUGGUGGUUCUGUACCUCAAUCAAAUCCUAUGACUUUUGGUCCUGUUGGUGUUGGAAGUGCUCCAAGGAAUGUAAACAUUCAUAUACAUGCUGGUACCUCACUUGCGCCAAUGGUUUCUGCAGUUGGUGGUGCUAGGGGAAGUAAUGGGGAGGGUAUGCCGAGAGAACAUCGUAAUGGGUCUGGUUCUAGAGAUUCAGGUGCACGGGUGCUGCCAGUGAGAAAUGUAAUUGCUGCCACUAUGCCAACAUCCCAAACUGGUAUUGCAAUCUCUGGUGUGUCACAACCAGGUCUUUCUGCUUCACAGCCGCCUUCCGACUCCUCACUUUCCUCCAUUGUUUCUGAACUUAAUUCACAUAUUAGAAAUUUUGUUGGCAAUAUGCAAGGAGAAGACGCAGUUCAAUCAGGUCAAGAGGUACCCAAUGUUCAGAGUUCAUCUGUUGGCUUUGAAUCGCGUAAUGAUGCAGGAAGUGAACUGCCCAGUACUGCAUUUGUUGAUGGAGCUGGGGAAUCUAGUGUGCCGAUACCUGGUUGCACAUCUGAAGGUGGAGGUCAGAAGGAUUCAGGAAGUGUUCCUACCUUGAAAGAUGAUUCAAGAUUCCCAGCUGGAGGUCCUCUAAGCUCUUCAAGUGGACAAAAUACCUUGGCGAGAAAAGAUGAGAAAGAAAGUGGUCCACAAUCCAGUGAGAAGCAUGACAUGACUGAGGGUACAAAAGCUGUUCCACUUGGAUUAGGACUUGGAAUUUUGGACCGUAAGAGACAAGGCAGGCAGCAAAAACCACUGGCCAAGAAUGGUGAUGGCGGAAUGGCUAGUGCUCCCAUCAAUCAGAAUCAGCAAGUAACAGGUGGUCAGCAAGUUUUGCAGUCUCUUGCAUCUCGUGGUUCUGCUGUAAGUAGGAUGAACACAAGUGAUGCGCCUGCAAGACAAACAGCCCCUGCUAUUGGGCAGGUCAGAGAUGGUAGAGCAUUGGGAGCGCAAGGUCCUGUUGACCAAGUUGAUAUGGGAAGCGUGAUGUCUCAGGUUCUGCGUAGUCCUGCCCUGAAUGGUUUAUUGGCAGGUGUUUCAGAGCAAACUGGAGCGGGUUCUCCUGAUGCAUUGAGGAAUAUGACUUGGAGGAGGCCAAGGUGGCGGGAUUGA